AUGAUUACUAGCAUUCUUACUUUCUUUCUUUCUUCCUUCUUCACUUUUUCUUCUUAUUUUCUUACUUUCUUUCUUUGUGUUCUUUCCUUCUUCUUGUUCCUAUUUUCUUACUUCUUUCUUUUCUUCCUCUUCGCUUUUUCUUAUAUUUUUCUUACUUUUUCUUUCUUUGUGUUCUUUCCUUCUUCUUCCGCCAUAUUUUUCGUUUUUCUUCCUAUUUUCUUACUUUUUUUUUUCUUUCUUCUUCACUUUUUUCUUAUUUUUCUUACUUUCUUUCUUUGUGUUCUUUCCUUCUUCUUCGCCUUAUUUUUCGUUUUUCUUCCUAUUUUUCUUACUUCUUUUCUUUUUUUCUUUUCCUUUUCUUUUAUUUUCUUUUUUUUUUCUUUCCUUCUUCUUCUUCGCCAUAUUUUCGUUUUUUCUUCCUAUUUUUUUUCUUCUUUUCUUCCUCUUCUAUACUUUUUCUUCUUAUUUUCUUUCCUUUUCUUCUUCGCCUUAUUUUUCGUUUUUUCUUCCAUUUUCUUACUUUUUUUUCUUCCUUUUCUUCCUUUAUUUUCUUUUUCUUUCUUUUGUGUUCUUUCCUUCUUCUUCCUUAUUUUUUCGUUUUUCUUCCUAUUUCUUCUUCUUUCUUUUCUUCCUCUUCUUCACUUUUUCUUCUUAUUUUCUUACUUUCUUUCUUUGUGUUCUUUCCUUCUUCUUCGCCAUAUUUUUCGUUUUUUCUUCCUAUUUUCUUACUUCUUUCUUUUCUUCCUCUUCUUCACUUUUUCUUCUUAUUUUCUUACUUUCUUUCUUUGUGUUCUUUCCUUCUUCUUCGCCAUAUUUUUCGUUUUUUCUUCCUAUUUUCUUACUUCUUUCUUUUCUUCCUCUUCUUCACUUUUUCUUCUUAUUUUCUUACUUUUCUUUCUUUGUGUUCUUUCCUUCUUCUUCGCCAUAUUUUUCGUUUUUUCUUCCUAUUUUCUUACUUCUUUCUUUUCUUCCUCUUCUUCACUUUUUCUUCUUAUUUUCUUUCUUUCUUUGUGUUCUUUCCUUCUUCUUCGCCAUAUUUUUCGUUUUUUCUUCCUAUUUUCUUACUUCUUUCUUUUCUUCCUCUUCUUCACUUUUUCUUCCUAUUUUCUUUCUUCUUCCUUUUCUUUUUCUUCUUCUUCUUCUUCUCUUCAUUUCCCUUUUUUUAUCUUGUUCUUUCCUUCUAUUUUUCUUUCUUAUUCUUUUUCUCUUAUUUUCCCACUUUUAUUCUAUUCUUUUUUCUUCGGUUCUUCUUUCAUCUUUCAUUAUUUCUUUCUUCUUCGUCUCCUUACUUAUUCAUAUUUUUAUUCGUCUUUUUCUUUUCCUAUUUUCUUAUUCUCCUUUGUUGUUGUUUUUGUUGUUGUUCUUCAUCUUGUUAUUCUUUUUCUUCGUGAUCUUUCAGGAUCUUUGUGA